AUGAAGCUAUCUUUAAUAGUUUGUGUUCUUGUUUUUCUUGAAAAAAUUCAAAUGAGUCGUUUCUCAAAAGCGGAAAAUUACUUUUUCUUUAUGCAGUCUGGCGUAAUUCAGUCAAAUGCAUGUAUUUCUAAGGAGUUUUCGGUAGAAAACUCGACAGAUCCUUUGAUAUAUUGUGGCUUGCAUUGUGUUGCUCUUUUACAAUGUGUUGGAGUGGAUAUCAUAGGAAACGAACCAAAACGCUGUCGACUUAUGUUUGGAUUCCCUGCAUUGAUUCCAGCAAAUGAGACAUCUGACGAAACAAUCAGAUAUCAGAAGUUCACUGGAUUAACUAUCGGAACAGAUAAUUUUUGCUCAGUGCAAUUAACGAAUGGGUUGAUUGUAAAUACCAUAUGUAAUCAGGCAAAUCAUAAAUGGAUGCUCAUUCAGAGACGGUUUGAUGGAUCACAACUUUUUUUGAGAAACUGGGCAGACUAUGAAAUCGGCUUUGGAUCUAGAGAGUCGGAGUUCUGGUUAGGUAACCGAAACAUCCAUGAAUUAACAAAUGAUGGUUAUACAUAUCUUAGAAUCGAAUUGAUGGACAAUGACUGUGUUUGGAAAUAUGCAGAGUAUUCAUACUUUUAUGUUGAAUCUGGCAGCUCUAAAUAUAGAUUGCAUGUAGAUGGAUAUUCUGGAAAUGCAGGAGACAGUAUGCGGUACCAUGACGGAAUGUUCUUUACUACGUACGACAAUGACAAUGAUUAUAAAGGAUAUAACUGUGGAUCAAGAUGGCGCGGAGGGUGGUGGUACAAAUACUGCCACAAGGCAAAUCUUAAUGGAGAGUACGGAAACACAAAUUAUUCCGAAGGGAUCAACUGGUAUUAUUGGAAUGGCUUCUAUUACUCAAUGAAAGAAGUCAGAAUGAUGGUUCGAAAACAAUAG